AUGUUGAAAUCUGUGGAGCCAUCUGAUGUGAGGCCAACGCUUCCUAUUAGCCAACGCUUCCUGUCUAGCCAACCUUUCACCAUCUUAGCUACCACCCUCACCAUCCUCACCAUCCUCACCAUCCUCACCAUCCUCACCAUCCUCACCAUCCUCACCAUCCUCACCAUCCUCACCAUCCUCACCAUCCUCACCAUCCUCACCAUCCUCACCAUCCUCACCAUCCUCACCAUCCUCACCAUCCUCACCAUCCUCACCAUCCUCACCAUCCUCACCAUCCUCACCAUCCUCACCAUAGCCCUUUUCCAAUCCAAAGAUAUACUGGUUGUGGUGGUAAGAGAAGGCCUCCGGAACUUUGUGAGCACCCGUAACGAUGAUGAUUUUGAUAUGUUUGGACGAAUUGGCAAGGCUUGCGAUCAAAAUUAG